UUCCUUUCCUCCUCGUCUAGUGCGCUGCAGGAGAGUUCCGGUAGCUGUAUGUAUGGCUAUGGAUAUGCGCGUGCGCGUGCCGCGCCCGUCCCCCGAGCUCGUCCUACCCUGUCUUGUCUCCCCUCUUCCCCGCGCCCAGAAUCUUCCAAUCCUCCUCCAACAUUGAUCUCCGAGUUGAGGAUAAGACUGGCUAACAUGCGAUAUUAAAUCCCCACAUAGUAGACAUCCGGCGGCAUAAUUAACCACCUAUCCACCUUCUCCACCACUUAACGGAACCCAUCCAUCACAUAACAAACCCCCCCCCCACCACACACAUAUACAAUCACAAUGGCCAAAGACAAAGAACGCAGCGUCAACCCUGCCGCCGCGCAGCGCAAACUCGACAAACAAAAGAGUCUGAAAAAGGGAAAGGCGGAGGCGCUGGCGCGACGGAACGAGAAACUCGCGCGUCGCAACCCGGAGCGCAUCCAACGGCAGAUCACCGACCUCAAGUCCCUGGAAGAGUCCGGCCAGCAGCUCCGGCCCCGCGACAAGCAGCUUCUGGAAGCUCUGGAACGGGAUUUGCGCGCCGUGCACAAGGCCCGGGAGGCGUUGGGUGAUAAGGCGCCGAAGUUCGACACGAGAGCGGGCGGGGGUCAGUAUCAGAAUCAGAAUCAGCAUGGGCGUGGGCGUGGUGGGGACGGUGGUGCGGUGCUGGGGAAGCGGAGGCGCGAGGGUGGUUUUGGUGGUGGCAGACGGUUCGGACAGGAUGAGGAUGGCGAGAGUAGCGACGAGACAGACGAGGAGGUGAGAAGGAUACCCAUGCCGCGGGAUACGCCGCCACCGAUCCCACGACCACAACGGAGGGGUCCCCCAUCCGGCGAUCAGGGUGGUGGUGGUGGACGAGGCCCGCAUGCGCUCCCGGCACGACCGCCCGUCGUCGAAGCCAGAACGGUGUACGAGGCGAAGCCGGAAAUCAGGAACCUGCGCCAAGAGGCCAUCAACAUGUUCGUGCCUGCGGCAGUCAGAGCCAAACAGGAUGCCAUUCGCGGACAGGGCAAGCUCUUGGAACCGGAGGAGAUGGACCGGCUCGAGCAAGCAGGAUACAACGCCGGGCCGUCCGCAGAAGCCGGAACCACUGCAACAGAAACCCCUGCUACAGAUCAACCCGAUGCUGACGACCAGAGAAGGAGAUUGCUGGAGGAGGAAGAAAGGCGGUUCAACCAGGAACUACGAUCUGUGCAGAUCGAGGAGGUCGAGGAUGAAGAUGCUUGAUCUCUCCAUCUCUCUUUCUCCCUCUAUCUGUCCUGUAGGGUGGCACGAUACUCUCAAACCCUAAGAACCCACAAACAAUCAUAGCUAUCCUGAACAAAUAGGUAGGUAGUCCAAUGAUA